GCAAACAGACAAACAUAAACUGUUGGAAUUUCAAGACCAUCUCACUGAGGAUAACAAGAUGGAUGCACUAAAACAAUCCCCACAGGAUGAAGCAACCUAGACAGCGAUGAUGAUUUAGUUGCAUAUGACAUGUCACAUGACAAACCAGUGACAAAGGUCAAGACUCCAGUCUACAUCCGUGACUGUAUGGAAGGCUUACUAAAAGUAAAAGAUCCAGACACAAUAGAAGCAAGUCUAGUUGCUGCUGAGAAGCUCAUUCGCAAGGGGCCUGAUGGCUUAGCUGAGAUUGCAGAGGAGUUUACGAAGAUACUACUGCAUUCAACAGAGAGUUAUGGGAUACCAGAAUUUGUGUUGCACAGAUUCAAAGCAAUGGUAGCUCUUGCUGUCCAUUGUCCAUCACAGGUGGCACGAUAUCUGUCAGCUCAGUUUUACGAAAGAAACUACAAUAUUCGACAGAGGCUGGAUAUGCUAGAGGUUUUAGCCACUGCAGCUCAAGAACUUUCACAGCCAGAGGCAUCAACUUCAAAGGCUACAAGCAGAUGGUCACCAGUGCGGCACACACAAGCAGAGAGUACUACAAACCCUGAAACUUGGCAACAGAUUGUACAACAACGAAUCAACAGUAAGACUCGACGAUUCAUUAAAGGACCCAGCAAGCCAGAGCCCACACCUGUACCAAAUCGGUUUGGGCAUGUUGCUGGGGAGUUCUUCUUUCCUCUAAUGAGGUUCUAUGACAAAAGUGAGUCUGUCUUUGAUUUGAUGGGAAGUGAUAGUCUGGUGCUACAUCGCCUUGUCUACACCCUUGCCAUUAUUCUAUAUGCUGCUAUAAACACAACUGCCGCAUCACAGAUGGGAAAAUCACUACUUGAGUUUACAUGGGGUUUAAGGAUACACAGUGAUGUGAGUGUGCGUCAGGCUGUGUUGGUAGCUACCUCUAUGGUACUACUUGUGGUCCCUGGUCAUUUUCUGCUCACUGACCUUCAAAUGGACAUAAUGGAGACCAAGGAGUGGCUGCAGAUGGUGCUGGAAAAAGACGUGAACACAGAGUGCAGGAAACUGGCCAUGCAGGCACUCACUCUGUUGGACAACACUGUUGCAAUGGAGCUGAAAAAUACAUCCUGAGAAGAGGAUUUCAUGUUAUAACUACUAGGAUCAGUAAAAUGUUGUUUUAAAUCUGUAUGUCUUCAUAUGAAUGUGCAAUUUCUUUCAACUGCAGCUUGUAAAUAAUAAUAUAAUAUGUUUAUGCAAAGUGUAAGAAUGUGUGUGUGUAUAUGAGAAAGAGAGAGAGAAGAAUAAAGAAGAAGGGAAUCCUUUAGUAAUACUUGGAUUGUUUUAAAUCCUUUUUUGACUGAAACAUUUGUGUCAAACCUUUUAAUAGAUGAUGUGCAAACAAAUAUGCGUGUGGGUGGGUAUCUUAACAUUAAUCUUUCCUAUGAUGUGAACAAUUUCAAUACCUUUAUUGCUUAAAUAUAGGGUGCUAAAACGUACAAAUGCAAAAUAUAAGCAUUUGUGUGUGCUGGGUGGGUGGAAAUCGCUGAAUCAGUCAUUCCUGUGAGUGCCUGAAAGAUUUUAGUCACCAACGGUUUUUAAUAUACUAUGUACAAAUGAAUGUGUAUACAGAAUGCGAUCGUGUGGGUUGAUGAGUGGGUGUAGAAAAAAAUCCCCUCAAGUUGCCAAGAAUGUUUUUGUUGCACCAGAAUCCAUCCCUUUCUAUGAUCAUAUCAGGACUUUAUUGGCUGCUUCUUCUGUCACCGCAUCCCCACUUACAUUUACCGCUUGAGUGUGUUCGUACCCAUCACACUUGCACUGCUGCAUAUUCAGGUGCUUAGCACCUCCGCACUCACCAAAAUGGCCUUUCGCUCAGCAGUUAUAGCCAAACCGCCUGCUCCAGGAGUGGGAAAUAAAUAUUAACGGCGCACGUAAGGCCUUUCAAAUCUUGCGUGAGAUGGAAGGAGAAAGCGGCGCUAGUAAGGCUGGUGUGGGAGCUAUAUCCCUUUAUAAUGUAAAGAAUGGAGGGGGAAGUAUAGUUAUGGGGAGAAGGGAGUCCUGGAAAGGUUUUUUUUUUUUUAUUUAUCUUCAACAACACCACCCCCUCGUUCCUUUCGUCUUCCCUGCGUGAUGGGGCCGGGUGGGGCGGGGCGGGACAUAGGACUGGCGCACAUAAUUAGUUCGUAAAGAUUAGGCUGGGAAACUUCAGAGUGGGAAGGAUUACGCCGAAGGAAUGGCUAUUGAGAGCUGGGUCGCCGGGCCGCUGACACGCCUGACCGUCACCAGCUGCCCAGCGGGAGAUCCCUCCUUUCGCAGUCGUGUAUUCCGCUCUUAUUCCUCACCGAAUUUAACCGCCUAGUUUAUUGGCCUCAUUGGAUGAGAAUAGAAAGAUUGUGUGUGAGAGAUUUUUGCGUGCGUGUGCACUGUAAUUUUUUUUUUAUAUUUUUUUUACUAAUCGUUCGCGGUUGAAAGUGUGCUACUUUGACAUCGGUUAAUUGCACGCUUUGGGGAUAACAUUUUAGUGGUGGUGACGGUGGAGAACUGGGAGCUGAUGGGAAGAACAAACAAAUGGAUAGCAAGCUUGAAACAUGGGAGCAAACCCACAUCUAGCGCCUCGAUCGGACAUGCGGGUUGCGUUUGCUUGAACGGGUGGUUGCGAUGCUUGAACGGGUGGCUGCGAUCGGCCACCAUGACAGAGACGGAGUCUGCCAGUCGCCAAUUAACCAGCAAAACCUUUUGAACACCUGUCAUUGAAACGGCAUUUUACUCUGAACACGCAAGACGACCUGGAGGCAGGAAAUGAAACACCGCAGUUAAAAUGAAUAUGGGUCGGUACAUGUCUUCCAGAUGAUUAAAUUCAUUUGAGGGAGGAGGAAAUCGAGGGCUUUGACUGAAUUAAAAUUGCGUUUCAAAGAUGUUUCUUUGUCUAGUUCACCUGUGUUCUAUUGGCGGUCGUGCUUCAGGACUGCGUACAUUAAUUGAUUCUAUUUUUUUUUAAAAACACCUUCUAUAGCAUU